CGUUAUUAUCUUGAUUCUUGGGCGUCAGUCGGCAUCACUUGACUAUUGAGCGGGUAAACCCUUGAUUCUUAACAUUCCACCGUGCAACUGUGCGCCAUACCGUAUGAUGGCAGGGGGAUCUGGCACAGGAUUUGCUGUUCGAGGCACUCUCGUGCACUGUCCCAGUCUAGGUGUUGUAGAGGUCCUGAGAGACCAUUUACUAGUCGUUGACCACACUGGUGUCAUUUCUCAGCUGUCCCCAGCAACAGAGAACGAGUCAGUCGAGUACAUCAAGCAGAAUGAUGUCAGGACACUUCCUCCCGGGAGUUUCUUGGUCCCAACUUUUUGUGAUCUCCACCUUCAUGCCCCGCAAUUCAUGUAUCAGGGCACAGGAUUAGAUCUGCCCCUGAUGCAAUGGCUAGAUCAGUACGCGUACAAAUCCGAAGAAAUGCUCGAUGCUCGGCCUGACAUAGCGAGAAAAGUAUACAAACGCCUCGCGCAACGAUUGAUCGAGGCUGGUACUGGAGCUGUCCUGUUGUUCGGCACCAUCAAUACCGAGACCAACCUUAUUUUGGCAGAUGCGAUGCAAACCUUGGGUGUUCGAGCAUUUGUGGGGAAGUUAUCCAUGGAUAUUUCCUCGCGUGAGACCUACCGCGAGUCUUCGUCCGCUGAUUCACUCGCAAACGCCAAGGAUUUUAUCCAGAGGUGCAGGAAUUCCGUAGCGAACCUGCAGCCCUGUGAACGCCUGAUAGAACCGGUUAUCACCCCGAGAUUCGUGCCUACCUGUUCGAAUGAGCUUCUUCAGGCACUUGGCGAGCUGAGCGAAGAGAAGGCAGUACGCAUCCAAAGCCACCUGGCGGAAUCGUACGAGCAAGCGAAAUGGGUCAAAGAUGAACGUCAUAUCGACGAUAUCGAGGUCUUCGAUAAGUAUGGAUUGUUGCGGGAAGGAACUGUCCAAGCGCACUGCACGUUCCUCGACAAACCCUCUCUGUCUUGUUUGGCCGAGCGUAAAACGGCCAUUGCGCACUGUCCAUUGUCCAAUGUGUAUUUCUCGGAGAAGCAGUUCCCUCUUCGAGAGGCUCUUGGUGCGGGGGUAAUGGUGGGACUCGGUACUGACGUUGCUGGAGGGUACAGCAUCGAUAUCAUGAGUAGCAUGAGACAUGCGGUCGCUGUCUCAAGGAUGCAGGAGAGUACCCGUUUCCUUGAGCGAAUCGGUAGAAACAAAGAGACCGCAAACAGAGAGACCCGUUCCCUCGCAAUUACAUGGAAGGAGUCAUUGUACCUGGCGACGCGAGGUGGUGCUCUUGCGUUGGGGUUGAACCAAGUGGGUGAGCUCAAGGUUGGAUCACCACUUGAUGCCCAAGAAAUUGCUGUCUAUGAUUUCGACAACGGUGCGGGCAUCGGUGCGCUUGACUUCUUUGACGACCAGCCGUUGAGUUGUGGGAUUACGCUGGAGAUGAUCGAAAAGUGGUGGUGCAUGGGCGACACACGCAACCGCGUUGGAAUGUGGGUGCAAGGCAAGAAGCUCCUUUGAAUUUUUGUGUACAGUACAAGUAGUAGUUUUGCGGUACCCCUGUUGCGUCGGUUAGAAUCCUUUGGGGGGUCCGUGCGCGGCUCGCUGCCAAUUUGAGUUUGUGUGG